CAGAGAAAGAACUAUUCAACAAAUUCACAACUUCUACUUCUCUGAAGUGUCUGAAACAAUAAAUCAAUGCAUUGUGAAGUAUAUUGUAGGUGAUAGUCAGUUGUGAGAAAUACUGAGACUUUUUCUGCUUAUAUCUGAAUAGACAGUAUUUGUGUGUUCAGUUCAUUUGCAGGUAUAAAAUCAAAAUUUUAAAUGCGUCAUGGCCUCCAGGAAGAGUCUCUUGGAAGAAAGUUACACAACGACAAUGAAAAGUUUGAGUCAUGGAGAAUCUCUUGAAUCCAGCUUUGUGUCUAUGAAGAGUGACUGGUCAAUGGGUCAUCCAAUUACCUUCAGUUCAGGAGAUUUUUGUGCUGAUGUGAGUAACAAAACAGAUGGAUCACCUUCCUUCCAACAGAAGCACAUUGAUUCUAUUUUCCAGGAGCUUGAGCACAAAAUCUCUCUGAUGAAGAAAGAGCUGAAGAGCUUCAAGAGACUACUGAGUCCAGAUUCCCCAGUAUGCUCUGAUAGAGAGGAGGAGGAUGAUGAAGACCAGAGCAGAGUCAGAGAGGGGCUUCUGAAGAUCACACUUGACGUCCUGAGGAAGAUGAAACAGACAGACCUCGCUAACACUCUACAGACCAAACUUUCUCCUUUGCGUGUGAAAAAACACAAAUCCAGACUAAAGGAGAAAUUCCAGAGAAUUAAUGAAGGAAUGUCAAAUCAAGGAAGCUCAACACUUCUGAAUGAGAUCUACACAGAGCUGUACAUCACAGAGGGAGGGAGUGGAGAGGUCAAUAAUGAACAUGAGGUGAGACAGAUUGAGACAUCAUCCAGGAGACCAGAGACACAGGAAACACCAAUCAAAUGCAAUGACAUCUUUAAAGCCUUACCUGGACAAGACAAACCCAUCAGAACUGUGCUGACUAAAGGAGUUGCAGGAAUUGGAAAAACAGUCUCUGUGCAGAAGUUCAUUCUGGACUGGGCUGAAGGAAAAGCAAAUCAGGAUGUUCACUUCAUAUUUCCACUUCCUUUCAGAGAGCUCAAUUUGAUGAAGCAGAAAAUCAGUCUGAUGGAACUUCUUCAUCAGUGUUUCACAGAUACAAAAGAACUGAAAUCAACAGACUUCAAUAAAUACAAAGUUGUGUUUAUCUUUGAUGGUCUGGAUGAGUGUCGACUUCCUCUAGAUUUCCAGAACAAUGAUAUUUUGUGUGAUGUAACAGAAUCAGUUUCAGUGGAUGUGCUGCUGACCAACAUCAUCAAGAGGAAUCUGCUUCAUUCUGCUAUGAUCUGGAUCACCUCUCGACCAGCAGCAGCCAAUCAGAUUCCUCCUGAGUGUGUUGACCAGCUGACAGAUGUACGAGGAUUCAAUGACCAUCAGAAGGACGAGUAUUUCAGGAAGAGAAUAAAUGAUGAAAGUCUGGCCAAUAGAAUCAUCACACACACGAAAUCAUCAAGAAGCCUGUACAUCAUGUGUCACAUACCAGUCUUCUGUUGGAUUUCAGCCACUGUUCUAGAGAGACUGUUGGGUGAAGCAGAGAGUGCAGAGAUCCCCAAGACUCUCACUCAAAUGUUCACACACUUCCUGAUCUUUCAGACCAAACUGAAGACAAACAAGUAUGAUGGUAAAUGUGAGGUGGACCUUCAUCAAGCUAGAAAGAGUAUUCUGUCACUGGGAAAGCUGGCUUUUCAACAGCUGGAAAAAGGGAACCUGAUCUUCUAUGAGGAGGACCUGAGAGAAUGUGGCAUUGAUGUCAGAGAAGCGUCAGUGUACUCAGGGGUUUGUACCCAAAUCUUCAGAGAGGAGUUUGGACUGUACUUGGGAAAGGUGUUCAGCUUUGUGCAUCUGAGCAUUCAGGAGUUUCUCGCUGCUUUAUUCAAGAUUAUGAACAACAAGUCAAGAAGGAGUGAUUUCCUGAAGAGUGAAGUGGACAAGGCCUUACAGAGUGAGAACGGACACCUGGACCUUUUCCUCCGAUUCCUUCUGGGUCUCUCACUUCAGUGCAAUCAGACAAUCUUACAAGACCUACUGACACAGACAGAAAGCAGCUCUGACAGCAAACAGGAAAUACUUGAUUACAUUAAGAUGAAGAUCAGGGAGAAUCCCUCACCAGAGAAAUCCAUCAACCUGUUUCACUGUCUGAAUGAACUGAAUGAUCAUUCUCUAGUGCAGGAAGUACAAACAUACGUGAACAGAAGAGACAACAAAACUCAUAGCAGAUUAUUUGGAAUAGAAGAUUUCAGUCAUCUCUCUGGAGUCAGUCUCUCUCCUGGUCAGUGGUCAGCUCUGGUGUUUGUGUUGCUGAACUCAGAAGAGAAGCUGGAACAGUUUAAUCUGAGGAAAUAUGAUCAAUCAGAUGAAUGUCUCCUGAGGCUGCUGCCAGUGAUCAAAGCAUCCAGGAAAGCUGAUCUGAGGCAGUGUAAUCUGACAAAGGAAAGUUGUUCAUCACUGGUCUCAGUUCUCAGUUCAAACACCUCAAGUCUGAGAGAACUGGACCUGAGUGAUAAUGAACUGCAGGAUUCAGGAGUUAAGCUGCUCUCUGCUGGACUGAAGAAUACAAACUGUAAACUGGAGAAACUAGAUCUGUGGAAGUGUAAUCUGACAGAGGAAAGUUGUUCAUCACUGGUCUCAGUUCUCAGAUCAAACUCCUCAAGUCUGAGAGUACUGAACCUGAGAUACAAUAAACUGCAGGAUUCAGGAUUGAAGCUGCUCUCUGCUGGACUGAAGAAUACAAACUGUAAACUGGAGAAACUAAAUCUAAGUUGGUGUAAUCUGACAGAUGAAAGUUGUUCAUCACUGGUUUCAGUUCUCAGUACAAACUCCUCAAGUCUGCGAGAACUGGACCUGAGUAACAAUGAUCUGCAGGAUUCAGGAGUGAAGCUGCUCUCUGCUGGACUGAAGAAUACAAACUGUAAACUGGAGAAACUAAAUUUGAGUGACUGUAAUCUGACAGAGGAAAGUUGUUCAUCACUGGUCUCAGCUCUCAGUUCAAACUCCUCAAAUCUGAGAGAACUGAUCCUGAGUCUCAAUGAACUGCAGGAUUCAGGUGUGAAGAUGCUCUCUGAUCUACUGAAGAAUACAAACUGUAAACUGGAGAAACUAAAUCUGAGGAACUGUAAUUUGUCAGAGGAAAGUUGUUCAUCACUGGUCUCAGUUCUCAGUUCAAACUCCUCAAGUCUGAGAGAACUGGACCUGAGUGUCAAUGAACUGCAGGAUUCAGGAGUGAAGCUGCUCUCUGCUGGACUGAAGAAUACAAACUGUAAACUGGAGAAACUAAAUCUGUGGAAGUGUAAUCUAACAGAGGAAAGUUGUUCAUCACUGGUCUCAGUUCUCAGUUCAUACUCCUCAAGUCUUAGAGAACUGAACCUGAGUAACAAUAAAUUGCAGUAUUCAGGAGUGAAGCUGCUCUCUGAUCUACUGAAGGAUCCACACUGUAAACUGAAGACAUUAUAUAUUGAUCCUCAACUGGUAUAAUCACCUACAAAAGCAACAAAUGACAAACUCAACAACAGCGUUCUGUCAUAAUUACAAUAACUGUUUACUGCCCCCUACUGGAAAAACAGUAGCAGUGACCCAGCAAAGCUCAACACAGGGACAUCUGUUAGUUAUAAACACACAAACACGUGUAUUGAUGAAGCAGAAUAGUGAAAUGGAGUUGAAUGUUUUGAGUUUGUGUCAUUUACUAAGUCAUAUGAUAGUGCAGCUGUACAAGUUCUUAAGUGCAAUACUGUCUGCUAAAUCUUUUUACACCUUGUAAUUUCAUUUCAUUGUGAAAGUAAUCCAAAUGUGUUAUUUUUCUGUUGUGCACGGUUGCUGUUCGACUGUAUGUUUCUUAUGGUAAAAGUAUCUGUGUGAUAUCUGAUCAAUGCUGUGAACAUUGUAAAUAUGCAGAAUGUUGAUUAUCACAAUAAAUGUAUUUUGACAUGUCCUUAUUUAGUACAAAAAAUAAAUCUGGGUUUACUGUGAGGCACUUACAAAUACUAAAUGUUUCAAUAGUAUAUUGCCACAUAAACAAUAUGCGUGAUAACAUGAUUUAAGUGUUAUAAAAUACCUUACUAAGCAUUUCUACAUAAUGUUAUAUAAAAUUUGACAACUUAAUUGCCAUGAUGAUGCAAGACUGUAAACCCUUUAACACCCAUUAACUUUACAGCUCAAAUAAUAUACAAGUUUUAAAAGAAGCAUUCAUUUAUGAGCUUCAUAUUUUUGCCUUUAAAACCUAAAAAAAUCUGUCCUGUUCACUUCCAUUGUAAGAGCCUCAUUGUAAUCUUGAUUUUUGCAUUUGUUUUAAGGAGCAACAAUUCAAAAUGAUUAUUUGUCAUUAUGUCACGACUGCUUUUGAUUCAGAUUAACUUGUAUUCAACCCAGAAUGUUCCUUUAAAAGUGUCAAAUAUACUUAUCUUGAGACAGUAUACUUGUUUAUUAAAACAUUACUAGUCUGAUAUAAUGUUUGAAAUCGAAUUGAAAUGUACAUUAAAAGUCAACAACACCGACUUUAUAGACUGACACUAGACAACACAAAAAACAUUUUUGAAUCUCUAGUAAUCAAAUCUAUUCAGAUCAUUUAUAAAGAAUUUUUAAAAAAUUUAAAAAGACAACAUAUUUAAAAAUAAAAUUUAUUUGCAUCUCU